UGUAUUAUAAUACAAAUGCUAAAAUUCCUAACAAUUUAGACAGGAAAGGAGAUGCCGUUUUGACAGUACCGAAGAAAAGUAAAACCAAUGUGCGCGGGAAACGAAAAUACGCGGAGAAAAAAACGCAGGCUGCACAAAUUAGACGCCGGCGUUCACGGCGACUGCGUGUACCAAGCAAACGGUUGAACUCGCCGGAUGCAGUUCAUGCCGGAAUAGCUGAAAAGAAAGUAGUCAGAACAAAUUCGGGAAAAGCCGAGCAAGAACAUGCUGCCGAAAUUCAGGAGGCGGAAAAUUUUAAAGGGGCACGAAGUACUGCGGAAGUGUGCACAAAGGAGAAUCAGCCGAAGAAACCUUCAGCAGUUUCCCACAGACUCUUUGCAUUUCGCCAGAAAUCUUCAGCAGUUCCUCAGAAGUUCGACGCGGUUCUCCAGGAAACUCAAAAACUCUCUGUGCUUUCUUCUGCAAACAGUAAUCAUCAGAUGCGCGAAGUUUCCGAAACUGCACCCGUUUCGUAUUCACACAAGGCGGCAGAAAGCGUUCCGCUUGGGGUGAACCCGUCUUCACUGUCAGUAUCCAAAUACACGAGCCGAAAAGACGUGGAUGAUUUGCUUGAAGAAGUGGACAGUGCUCUAGCAUGCAUCCCCAACCGACAGGAUUUCAUCAAUUUACGGCAAAAUAUCGAGCAUCAUUUAACAAAUUUGCAAAGGGAAAAUAGCCGGAAUCGAAAGAUGAUACGCCAGUUGAAAGCAGAGCUAGAUAAUCUGGCGAGCGAUGAAGUGGUUGCUCGUUGCGCCAAGUUGAUGAAACAGAACAGUGAAUUACGGGAGCAGAAGGUCUACACUGAUAUCCGAUAUGAGGCUCGUGAGGCGGAGAUCCGCAAGCUCAAGGAAGAAAUUAAAUUUCUACAAAAGCAAAACGGCUAUUUGGAUGAGGAGCAGCGGAACGAU